UGCACCUGCCUGUGACCUUCACGUUUCUCUCCGCCGGCUCGACUUUCUGCUCCGACCCUCAGCUUGGCUGCUCUCCACUUGCUCACAGGUGUGUCUGGAAAUGGAUCUGGGCCGGCUGUAGCUCAGGGCCGGUCACAGAUCAGGGGGCGGCCUCAGUCAUGCUGAACGGGGCGCAGCCGUGCUUCCAGCUGCUGCGGAUCGGCCUGUCCACGGGCGACUCCGCGCGGGACCUCUACACGUUCCGGCCGGGGCUGAGCCGCUCCGUGUUCCGGCUGGGCCGGGCCGCCGAGCUGUGCGACGUCACGUUGGACUCGGCUUCGGUGUCGCGCAUCCACGCGGAGCUGCACGCCGAGAAGGAGGCGAGCGGAGGCGACGAGGAGGCGCUGCAGGAGGAGGGCUGGAGGGUUCACAUCAAAGACAGAAGCAGCCAUGGAACCUGGGUGAACGAAGUCCUGCUGCAGCCGGGCGUCCUGUGGGAGCUGUCAGACGGCGACACGCUCACCUUCGGAGAUCAGUCAGCGCCAGGGAGUCCAGAGUUCUACUUCCUCUUCCAGAAGGUCAAAGUUCGUCCCCUGGACUUUGAUGCCAUCACGAUUCCAAAGGCAGGAACGUUUUCCUCUGACUUACAGAACCGCAUCAGGACCAACUUGGACCGCAAAUCAGCCGACAACCUGGACCUCUCCAAGAUGUCCAUCAACCGGGCCACGGUCAUCCUGAACUCCAUCGGCAGCCUGAGUAAGAUGAAGGGCCGGGCCUGGACCUUUAAGAGGAGCCACAGCCACGAGGGGGUCGUGUCUGACCCGGGAACCCCGUCCUGCUCCUCACCGGUGGGCUUCUCCUCGCUGCUUUCCUCCGCCACGCGCCCGGCGUUUUCCUCCAGCGCCGCCGUUCCUCUGAAGCCUCUGCAGACGGCGUCCAGGAGCAGGAGGAAGUCCGCUCACACCGUGCUGCUGGAGGACGACAGCUCUGACGAGCCGCGAGGGCGAGGAGCUGUGGCAGGAGUGGUGGAGGAAGGGCAAAGGUCGCGGCCGAAGAAGAGACGGAGACUCUACAAAUCAGAGUCUGAAGGUUUCAGCUCUCCUCCGCCUCCACCGCUGCAGCCCAAGCUCCACGGCAACAUCCGCCGUCCGCUGGAGGUCAAGCCCUUCCCGGUGGGCAUCCGGACCAUCGGCAGCUUCCACGGCGCCAUGACCAACAGCCGGCUGAACCAGCAGCUGCUGCAGGCGUCCUUCACCGGCGUGGUUCCCCACAGACAGGAAGUGGAGACCGCGCACCGCGUCAAAACCGUGGUGAACGGAACCAUCGCCGCUUUCCGCCAGCAGAAACCGGCGGCGCAGCGAGGCAGGCGGAGGGCCAACAGCUCGCCGGUGUUCUCCCCCCUGGUGGUGGGAGGAGAGAACUACAGCCUGGCUUCGCCCACAGCGAGGAUUCGCACCGACGACAGAGGAAGGAUGCAGUUCAACCGAUUCCACCAUCAAACAGCGAAACGCCGCGGCCGGCCCAGGAAACACCCGCUCCCCCCUCGGCCCUCGCUGCCCUCUCCCUCCUCCUCCUCUUCCUCCUCCACCUCCUCCGCCUCCUCCUCCUCCGGCUCGUCCUCUUCCUCCUCCGACGAUGACGACGAUGACGAUGAGGAUGGCGGCGUGGCGGCGGGGCCGGUGGAGCCGUGCGCGGCGCUGCGCUGCCGCCUGCCGCAGCAGGACACGGUGCAGUGGAUCCAGUGCGACGUGUGCGACGCCUGGUUCCACAUCGACUGUCUGCAUGUGGACCGGAAGAAGCUGCUGAUGGAUCCCAACGCCGACUUCCACUGCGGCUGCCGCUGAGGCGAGCCGGGGGUCCCACGGAGCAUUUCCACCCCUAAAUGUUUAAUUCUUUUAAUGCUAAAAACAUGAAAUGAAAACUGGAGCAGCAGCUUUCCGAGCCUCAGUGCUUCUUCGGAGCUUCAGAGGAAAACUAAUGAAAUGUCUCUGCCUGCAGAGCUGGGAUCAGGACGGGAACGCUCAAUGAAACGUUUAAACCCCUUCCUGCUGCAUUCAGGAAAAUUAAUGAAAUGUUUUUUAACAGAAUAGACUUUCCUCGGAUCUCCCCCAUUUGCUGAUGCAGCCGCCCCACAGAUGAUCAGACUUUCCUGGGUUGGGAACGGCGGCGCGGCGUGGGCGGCGGCGGAGCAAUUAAAACGUGUCAGCAGACUGCAGCAGCUGCUGCAGCUGCUGAGACGAGCUCUCAGGAUGAUCAUCUGAUGUUUGAAAGCACUUCUGCAGGAGCAGCUGCAGGAUUUAAGAGGAUUGAGUUUUUAUUAAAAUGCAUCGCUGCAGCUGGUCAGAGAAUAUCUCCUAACCACUGAAACGAUAUGAAAUAUGAACUCCUGAUGGGGGGAAGCAGAUGCUCCGUUCUGGGCCUGAUGGGCUGGUUGGCUGUUUAUGCCACAGAUGAUUUUAUGAUCUUUUCUACUCACAUUUUCAGAUUCCUCACACUACUAAAACUUUAAGCCAAAGUUGGUCGGUUUGAUCUGAAUGUACUCAACUUUUCACAAUCUUCCGUCUGAAUUUCUCUUCUGCUCAACUCAUCUGGGAAAAUCUAGCAGGUUUAAAAAAAAUACAUAAAAAAAAUAAAAUGGGAGAAAAUGUUUGAAAAAAAGAUCUUUUGUUCAUUUUGAAAGUAGGAAAACUUUAAAAAAAUCUGUAUUUUUGUUUGAGUGGACUGAACGUCACGUUGCUUCCUUUCCACUCAUGUUAGAUUUUCUGUUUUUUGUUUUUUAUUGUUGCUGUUUAUUCUCAGCUCUAACCAGACAAUAAGCAGCCGUCUGCAGUUCAUCAAAGGAAAACUUUAUGAACUUUAUAUCACUGGUUUGCAAGUUUAAAUUCAGCAAAUUUAUUCUGAAAAUCUGUUGCUCAAAUGUUCCAGUUUCUGAAAAUGCAUCAGAAAAAUGAUUUUUAAAUCAGUUUAAAUUAACUCUGACCUCAUUACAAACUUUAAGGUGCUGUUCAGCUUUUUGCUCUGAUGUUGAUGAAACCUUUGGAUUUUCAGUUGAUUUUUUUUGUACUCAUCUGUUUGGUUUUUCACAGUUUAAUUCAUCUUGUUGGGUUUAGAUUCUGAAAGAUAAAAAUAUUUAAAAAGCAUCUCUUCAGCUGCUCAGCUUCACAUAAAGGGAGCGUCGUCUUCACCUCGCUGAGCGUUAAACCAGCCUUUUUUCCACUUUCAUGUGGCAAACCUGACUGUUGAGGAUGUUUUACAAAUAAGGCUCUUUUGCUCCAACACGUGUUAAAAGUCAAAGCUCGACUUGCUGGGAAGUUGAAACGGGUGCAACGUCAACCACAGGAACCACAAAUGUGAAAACUGUAAAGCUUCGUGUUGUAAAUUAUUCAGAGCAGAAACUCCAGGAAGAAUCGCUGCAGGUUUGCAAAACAAAUUAAAUUUUUACCUGAAUCUGAAUUAAUACUGAAAAUCCUCCUCAGUCUGAAUUCCCUGGACUGUUCUGGAGUAUUUUUAUUGGACAAACCACACAGGAAUUUAGUGGUUAUGUUACUUGGCUUUGGAUGUUUUUUUUUUGUCAUAUGGUUUUGGUUGUGUGAAAUCUUAUUGGUGUCGACAAAUAUCGAAAUAGAAAGUUUGCACACGCUGGAAAAAUGCAGAGUUUCUGUGAUGUAAAGAAUUAAAACAUCAUUUUACAACUAUUUCCACCUGUUAAUGUUACUUUUAAGCUGCAAUUCAGCUAAAUAACAUAAAUCUGAGGGAAUUGUUAAAAAUCAAAAUAAAAUACUGUAGCCUAGAUUUAUUUAUUAUUCUAAAUUAAUGUUUCUAAACCACUUUGUCCAGGAAACGUUCUCUGAAUCUCUCAUUGUAAGGACGUCUCCUGUCUUCAAACUUCUUCAUAUGAGCCAGCUUGAAUAAUUUAGGUCUGGACUUUGACUAGGACGUUCCUCUCAUUACAACUAUUACUCACGCUGAUGUUUAAAAAUGAGAGCCCACUGUUAGCUCCUUCCUUGCAGACACCUGGAGGGUUUUGGGGUUGAAACUGUCGUCAGUUUCAUUUAAUUCUGCAAAAACAGUUCAGUCUGGAGAAUCCAUCAGCAUCAUGCUGCCAUCACUGUUUGCUGGUUUUUGUGAUUUUGGUCCAUCCUGAACGGUUUCUGUGGAAGGAAAUCUUUCAGUGGAUCUCAUUGUAUGCAGAACACAACCAGUAUUUCAUUAUUCAUUUAGAUCCUUCAAAAGUCAGAAAAAAUCCCUAUGAAGUUGAUUUUUGAUUGAUCAAAUUUACUAUUAUUGGUGCUUCAACAAAGUUCUAGUUCAGGUUAUUCCAACUUUUAGUUUUUGCAUCUUCUGCCUAAGAAAUUUGCUUAAAGUUGAGAUGAUUUAAUUUGGUCUCACUCUACAUCACAUGAAUCUGAUAUUUUAACAGUUUUGUGUUUACUUUUCACAGAUUCUGUAUCUUUAAACCAUUAAAACUCUUCAGAACCAUUUAAUGAAAAAGGAGAACUGCUCGUCUUUAAUUGCAGCGGAUCAUAAAUCUGCAGAUCUGGGAUUUUUUUUUAUAUUUAUCACUUCUCCUAUCAUCUUCGGAGACUUUGACAGUUUGUAGCCUGCAGACAUUUUGAUGAUCACUUUGAUUCGGUCAUGUCUUUGUGUGUCCAGCGUCAGAUUUUUGUCUCCUGAUAAAGCUCGCUCUUGUGAGGUGACCGCUCUGUUAAUGAGCUGCGAAUCAAACGGAUUGUUUAGUAAAUCACUUUGCUUUGAUCCGGAUCUUCACAGCGCUCUGCUUUUAAUUAGUUUGACUUUGUUGGUUUUCUGAGGUUGUACAGAAUCAUAAAUCUCCGAUAUGCCACAAGCGUCAGAGUUAUCAGAGAAAUAAAGAUUAUU